AUGGGCCGCACCAACUGGCAAGAUGCGGUUAGUGGAGCUGCAGCUGGUGCUGUGGCGAAAACCGCCACAGCUCCCCUGGAGCGAGUGAAGAUGGUGCUACAGAACCAACAGCUUUCAGUGGGCCGGGCAGCCAGAGCACCCCUGCGCAACGUGGCGCACGCCGCGGCUCAGCUUAUGCAGGAGCCGUGUGGGCUGCGAGGGUUUUGGCGUGGUAACUUGGCCAAUGUCCUGCGCGUGGUGCCAACCUAUGGGGCGCGGUUCUGGCUGUUUGCCCUCUGCGACAAGACGCUGGCCUUCGUGCCACAGCCCGAUACCAGGCGCUUCAUCUCCGGCGGGAUGGCGGGAGUUGGAGCGCUCAUCCUCACACAUCCGCUGGACACUGUCAGAACCCGGCUUGCUGCCGCGCGUGUCUUUGCAGACGAAGUCUCCUACAGCGGUUUUGCUGAUUGUUUUUCGAGCACUUGGAGGCAUGGCGGUGUGCGCGGGCUUUAUGCCGGCUGCUUCGCCAGCAUGCUGGAAAUUGCACCCUACAGCGCCAUCGUUUUCACCGCCUAUGAGGGCAUCAAGCAGCGCCUGCUCCCCGCGGGCAGCACCGGCAACACUGGCGUCUUGCCAUCUGGACCACAAAUUCUGGCAGGUGUCACAAGUGGCUUAACAGCAGCCAGCUUUUGCUAUCCGAUGGACACCAUCCGGCGGCAACUGAUGUUGGAUGGAGCACUGGGAUUUGAUGCCAGGUACGGCGGAAGUCUUUGGAAAUGUUGCAACAGCCUUUGGCUCCAGGGAGGCCUAUUGUUGUUCUACCGCGGGUGGACGGCAACGGUGCUCAAAGCCGUGCCGACGGUGACGAUCACGUUUCUCACCAAGGACUUCCUGUCCGAGUCCUUCAAGCAGUCCUGA